CGGCUCGGGCACGCGCGCGUCCCGGCGGUUGCCUAGUUGCUGGCUGCGCCGCGGCCGACGGACAUGGGGGCGCCGGCCGAGACCGUGAGCGCCGUGCUCCUGGAGCACCUGCGGCAGCUGUGUCUGCACGAGUUCCCGUGCGGCACCGGCAGCUGGAAUAAGUCCCGAUUUCUUCCUCAAACUUGGCGAGCAUGGAGGGAGCUGGUCCCCAGGGAGGAGGAGGCCGUGAACCCUGGGGAGGAGACAGUGCAGGACCUGUUGGACUUGGUCUGCAGUCCCCAGUCGCCCUGGGCUCUGCCAGAGGGUUCAAGUGCAGAGGACCGUUUUCUGAGAGAACUAGCCGUCCAGAAUCCACUGAUGCUCAAAGACACCUUUCUCUACUCCUACUUCAGGUCCCUACGAGUGGUGGGCAGGCAGGUAAGCCUGGUAGAUAAAGACCUCCUGAAAUUUCUCAACCUUGAAGAGUUGGUACUGAGUGCUAAUCGAAUCAAGGAGAUCAAUGCUGCCAACCUGCCUCCAACUCUCAAGGUGUUGGAGCUCUGUGGUAACCAGAUCGCCAGUGUGGAGUGUCUGUGUGCUCACCCACCCCCGGUUCUCCAGCACUUGGGCUUAGGUCACAACAAACUUCUGGGCCCCUUGGAUAGUCUGUACAUCACCACUGAUCACUGGCCCAACCUCAUGUCUCUGGACCUGGGCUUCAACAACCUGACGGACCUGCAGGGCAUGAUCGCCAGCCUCAGCACCCUCCCACACCUGCGGCUGCUGGUGCUGCAGGGCAACCCGCUGGCCCUGGUGCCCUACUACCGUGGCUUCACCAUUGACUCCCUGUCCCAGCUGUGUGUGCUGGACGAUGUCACGGUGACUUCCAAUGAGAAGCACCAGUUCCAUGGGCUCAGCCAGCGUGGGGAUCUCCUGGCAUGUGAGGCACAGUUCGUGGUGACUAUCGGAAGUGUCAGAGGGGUUCUAGACACUUCUAUUUUGGACCUGGAACCAGGGCCCCAAGGCCCUUUUAUCACUUACAGCUACUACGUGACCUACGACUUUGUGGAAGACAAAGAAGGUGAAGCCAGUGAAUAUGGUGGCGUGCUGGCUGAGCUUGUCAAGCCCUCUCCCAGCGCAGAACAGUUAGGCGAGAGCAUUCCUGAAGAGGCUAAGGAGGAGGCUGAAGAAUCUCUGGAGUCUGGGCUGACCACCCAGUCCCCGUUGGGAGAGUUGGAGGAGUCCCUCAUCUUGGAAGGGUCAGGGGCCUUGUCCAAGUCGAUAGACUCUGCGGAGGAGCUAGCCAAGUUGCAGCCACGUAUAGAUCCCCGGCUCUGCCCGUCUCCAGGGACAGUUCUCUUCAGCACAGUCCGCAAGCCCUGGGCUGAGGUCAUUGCCUGCAACUACGAGAUGCAGCACACCCUCAAGGACCUGGUGCGACUCAGGGCCUUCCUGCUGGCAGGAACCACCCUGACCAUCGUGGAGGAGAAGAUUCUCUCCUGGCCCACGGUGCUGUCUGCUGUUGAUAGUCCCCUGCCUGCCAAGAAAGGAAAAGGGGAGAACAAGAAAGGGAAGAAGGAGAAAGAAGAGAAAGACAAGAAGGGAAAAGACGGGAAAGACAAGGCAGGGAAAGGGGAGAAGGAGCUGGCUAAGAAUCAGAAGGGAUCCAAGAAGAAGGAGCUUCCUAAACACCUCCGCCAGGACCUGCCCACCCUGCGGGUGCUGGGAGAGGGCAUGGUGGCCCUGGAGUCCCUGCUGGCGGGGGAGCCGCUUGUGUCCACCGUGUGCAACUUUGGGGUGAUCCGCACCUUGGACUCUGACAGGCUGACGUUUAUCAGGGAUUCAAAGAAUAAGAAAGCUAAAAAAGCCACACACAGGAAUGAACAUGGGCACUGCUGCAGCAUGGAUGCACCUUGAAAACAUGCUGCUGAGUGAGGCACCAGUCACAGAAGACCACAGAGUGUAGGAUUCCAUCUAUGGCAAGUCCAGAACAGGCAAAUCCAUGGUGACAGAAAGCAGACCUGUGGUUGCCAGGGGCUGCAGGGUGUGAUGGGGGGACUUGGGGGGUCACUUAACAGGCACAGGGUUCCAUUUGGGGUGAUAAAAUCUUCUGAAAUUAAUAGUAGUGGUGAUUAUACAACAUUGUGAAUGUGCUAGAGACCACUGAAUAUUUUUAAAUGGUUAAAAUGUUGAAUUUUGUGAGAAUUUUAUUCUCAGUGAAAAAGAAAUCCACCUAAAAAAAAGUGUAAGGGAGGAAAUGAUAAGGGCCUGGAUUUAGACAUCGGUGGCCGGAAAGGUGCAAAGGAGCUGGAUCUGAGAGUAAUCAGGGACGUGGAACAGGCUGAGCCUGUGACCCAUGGGAAGCAGGAGGGGUGUCUGCCUUGGGCUGGCAGAUGGGGGACACAGUCAAGAAGCUGCUCUGGGGGAAUGAACACCAUUUUGCGCAUGGGAAGGUGAAGCAUGUGCAACAUCCAAGAAGCCUUUUGUCACCUGCCCAUUGCCACCUGAGUCUACUCCUCUUCCCCUCUCUGUCUCCUUUGCCACCUCCCCAGACUACUAGUUCAUCACCUGUUAAAAAGCAGAGACAGUCAGAUUGGAUAACAAAGGAAGAACCAACUAUAUGCUGCCUACCAGAAAUCCACUUUGGAUAUAAAGAUACAAAAAUACUAAAAAUGAAAGAAUGGAAAACAAUAGUCAAAAUGGGAGUGGCUGUAUAAAUGUCAGACAAAGAUUUGAGAGCAAAGCCUAUUAGGAAGAAAAAGGGUUAUAUAAUACAGGAGUUAACUCAUCAAGAGCAUGUAACAAUCCUAAGCUUAUAUAUCUAAUAAUUGAGCUUCAAAAUAUACAAAAGCUGAUGGAAGUAGAUAAAUCCAAAAUGAUAUUCAGAGAUUUCAACUUCCCUAAGUAAUUGAUAAGCCAA